AAGAAUGAUUUAAAUUACGAUGCAACCCAAACUCUGGAAUAAUUUACCGGAAUCAAGAAGCAGAUCUAUCAUGAGAGGGUUUGUUAUAACUGUAGUCAUCCUUUUCUUGGCUGUUUUAUGUUGUUUCUCACUGCUGAUGAUACUACUGCAGCAAAUUAGUGAUCUACACAGGGAACUGGCAAAUGUCCACAAACAGCUUCGUGUUUUUAACAAGAGGACAAGAGUAAAUGUUGGGGAUCGCUCAACGCAGCACGAGAAAGAUAUGGAAGAUCUGCUGGAAAAUGAUAGUCAUGGCCAAAUCCAAAUAAGCGAAGAGUUAACCAUACGGAAUGUUAAGAGUUAUGAAUUCACGAGUCUUACAAGAAAGAGGAGAGAUACGAGAGAUGGUGAAAAACAACCAUCUUUCUUGCAGCUGAUUCCAAACACUGAGCGCAGCACAAUUCAGCAAGGUGAUUCAACCUUUAUUCCUUGGAUUGUGGAUACUGAGCGGGGUGAGGCCUUGGCAUCAAAUUCCAAUAUGAUAAGUGUGAGAAAAGGCGGCUUUUAUACUGUGUACAGUCAGGUUCUUUACCAGGAUAACUGCAUGGCUAUGGGGCAUGUUGUACGGAGGAGGAAGUUUAAUGUGUCUGGAAAUGAACAGCGUAUAAUUACAUUAUUUCGGUGCAUUCAAAACAUGCCCAACAACACAGCCAGUAAUACUUGUUUCACAGCGGGAAUCGUGAAGCUUGAGCAAGGAGAUCAGCUGGAGCUACUGUUACCAGCCCGUCCCAAUGCUCAAAUAUCCAUGGGGAGAGACUCAACAUUUUUUGGAGCCAUCCAACUUUUAUGAAUGAACUGUUUGAGAGCACAUUGAGUGUCAAACGUGGGAUCGUAUUGCCUGAGUUUUCAAUUCUCCGAGUCUCCAUGUAUCGAUCAAUGCACUAAAGGGGGUAGAUUUCUCCAGUGUCACCAUAGGUUGGGAAGUAUCCGUGGUGCCAAGAUCUGUAGUUGUCCCUUGUGUACUGAAAUAUGUUACACCACUAUUAAUUUUGGAUGCAGUGCUGUGCAUCUCUUCCCCCCAUGUCCCCUUGCAUCACAAUUUCCAUUUGUUACUUAAUUUCAUGAACAACUUCCUAGUGCCAACAUUUUUCUCAAUCUUUGCAUGGGAAUAGUUAGGACUGCCUGGUUGCCUUGUUGUACGGAAAUGCCAAAUGGAUAGAUGGUGAAUGUUUCAGGCUGAUAUCCAUUGUGUCUGACCUGUUACCAGUUGUUUCAGGCACUACUGAUCUGCCUUCAAGCUGAGAUCAUCUUUGUAUUUUUUCACUCCUUUUUUAAUGAGCAAGUUACUCCUGGGGAGGAGUAGCACUCGAUAACGCUCGAGGUCCCUUGAAUGACAAUGCAGCCAAACAUGCAGGAUAUGGCAAUGCAUUGUGAUAAUCAUUAGGAACUGUGUGUCCAACAUCUUGUAUUGAUGGAUGUAAAAUUCUCCAUUCUCUUCUGUUUCUAUCAUGAACAUAAACAACUUAAUUGGGUCAUUGGCUAUUCUUGGGAAUGGUUUCAGGCUGUAAAAACCUUGGUUAUUUAAUCCUGAGCCAAGUUUCCAAUCUGUUCCUUUACUGUGACUGUCUACCACCACAUCCAGUAUAUCGGUUGGUUCUGACACUGCCUCACUUUAUUAUUUAACCAAAGCACUAACUUGUGGGCUUAUUAAUUCUGAUUUUGACUAGUUAGCUUCUCAUUUUAACCAUCAUCCAAAGUUCUGGUGCCCUAUCAUGAUUCACACCACGUCUCCAAGGAAGAGAAGUCAUUCCUUAAUCUUCUCUCUCACUCUCUCUCUCAUGCUCACAACAUCU